AUGCCAAAAGAAGAAUCUGCUCCUAGAGCCCGCCGCACCAGGGCUCCGACUAAAGGCCGUAAGAAGGAUCCUAAUGCUCCUAAGCGUCCUAUGACCGCCUACAUGUACUAUGCCAACGAGAAGCGUGAGCCUACCAAGACCGAGUUUCCUGACCUCGGAUUUGGUGACGUUCACAAGAAGAUUGGCGAGAGAUGGAAAGCUCUUUCCGCAGACGACAAGAAGCCCUACGAGGAGAAGGCUGCUGCCGACAAGAAGCGUUACGAGGACGCCAAGGCUGCCUACAAGGCCGAGGCUUGA